AUUCCACGAGCUUGAAUGAAAACCAUGAUAAAACGGUACGAAAUUCCCAAUUGAUGUCUCAAUAAGUCGCUUGAAUCAUACUUCCCAGAUUAAUCCAGAGUUGAGUUCAGUCCAAUUCGUUUCGCCUCUGAGUCACCGGCUCUCUCUCGCCGUCGCUGCCACCGCCGGGGAGCGUUCGGAGCUUCUUCUCUCCCUCAGUUUCUCCCCAACCCAUUGCUUACAACAACAGACCCACCUUUGUUCCCACUACAAACCCUGAAAAAUGUCCGGCGGGUUUUUCCGGGGUACGACUGCGGACCAAGACACUCGUUUUUCAAACAAGCAAGCAAAGCUGCUGAAGUCACAGAAGUUCCCUGCUGAACUAGACCAACUGGUUGAUACGACAAAGGUGAAGAUGGACAUUAUCAAGCCGUGGAUUGCUACGAGGGCGACGGAGCUUCUUGGGUUUGAAGAUGAAGUUCUUAUUAACUUCAUAUAUGGCCUUUUGGAUAGCAAGGAAGUAAAUGGGAAGGAAGUUCAAAUACAACUCACUGGGUUCAUGGAAAAGAAUACUGUGAAGUUCAUGAAAGAGCUUUGGACACUACUUCUAAGUGCCCAGACGAAUGCCAGUGGUGUACCUCAACAAUUUUUGGAUGCCAAGGAAGUAGAAAUUAGGAAGAAGAAGGCAGAGACAGAUUUUCUUGCAAAUGAAAUUCAGAAAAAGAGAGAGAAGGAAAAUAAAGAAAUGGAGGAGCAGAGAUCAAAGAAUAUGGACGAUGGGGCUGAAAAGGUGGCCGAUUUUGUAUUGGAGUCUAUGUCAAUGAAUCGUUCAACGGCUAUGAGAAAUCAUUCAGAGGACGAGGAAGAGGCUGAAAAGAGUAAUGGUGUUAGGGGAAGAAGCAGUGAUGGACACAAGUCAAGGAGUAUAUCUCGAUCACCUCAACAGCUACGAGACUCCUUUUCACAAGGAAGAUUAUCUAUUAGCCCAUGUCGUAGGGACCAUCGUGGUUCAUCCUCUCCUCGACAUAGAUCAUCUGAUUCAAGAAGGUCUAGAUCUACUUCACAUCGUAAAUCUCUUUCUCCAGUAGUGCAUCAGUUGCAGUCUCCUUCUCAACAUAGUUCACCAUCUCCUCGUUGUAAAUCACCAUAUCAACUAUCUUCGUCUGGGCAAAGUCGAUCAUCGUCACCUGCACAACGAAGGUCACCAUCACUUGAUAAGCAUAGUAGAUCACCAUCACCCACUGAGCAUCACAGGUCACUAUCACCAAUUAGACACAAUCGUUUGCCUUCACCUGCUCAACAUCGUAGAUCACCAUCUCCUGAAUGGCGUCGUAGAUCACCAUCUCCUGAAUGGCGUCGUAGAUCACCAUCUCCUAAAUGGAGUCGUAGAUCACCAUCUCCUAAAUGGCGUCGUAGAUCACCAUCACCAAAAUGGAGUCAUAGAUCACCAUCUCCUGAAUGGCGUCGUAGAUCACCAUCUCCUGAAUGGCGUCGUAGAUCACCAUCUCCUGAAUGGCGUCGUAGAUCACCAUCACCAAAAUGGAGUCGUUGGUCACCAUCACCAAGACGACGUCGUAGGUCUCCAUCACCAAGACGACGUCGUAGGUCUCCAUCACCAAGACGACGUCGUAGGUCUCCAUCACCAAGACGGCGUCACAGGUCUCCAUCACCUGUACGAUGCCGAAGGUCACCAACUCCUAUACGACGUCGAAGGUCACCAACUCCGGUACGACGUCGAAGGUCACCAACUCCGGUACGACGUCGAAGGUCACCAUCUCCAAUACGAAGUCAAAGGUCAACAUCGUCGCCGCGUCAUUACAGGUCACCAUCUCCACACCGUCGGAAAUCACCUUCCCUUGUACGUCGUCAUAGAUCGCCAUCUCCAGCACACUACUGGAGAUCGCCCUCACCUAUUAAACGCCACCCAUCUCGUUCUCCAAGGCAAUGCUCUAUGUUACCUUCAUCCUCACCAAUACAGAAAUUGGAUAGGCCAUCACCACAUGAUCAUCACAUAACACCCUCUCCUCUAGAACGUAGAUCUCCAUCAUCUCCAGCACGUCUCAAGAGAUCGAGCCUUUCUCAACAUAGAUCCAUUUCACCAUAUGGUCUGAGUUAUUCAUCAAAGGAGCGGGGAAACCGAUCGCCUGUCAAAGUAAAAUCUCCCAGGGUCAGAACCAGUGAUGAAAAGAGCUACUCACGCCGAGGUAAAGCCAAGGAAGCUGAGGCUCGGAUUGUCGAAAAUAAUAAUAACCGUGGCGAGGUCUCAGAUUCUGAUAUGGAGGAAGGCUAUAAGCGUAAAACCAGAAGUAAGGGUAGGAAAAGACACAGAAGAUCAGACAGGAGUGACACUUCUUCGGAGAGAAGACACAGAAGAUCAGACAGGCGCGACACUUCUUCGGAGUCGGAAGACAGCUAUGAUAGUGAAUUGGAGAGGAAGGAGGCCAGGAGAAGGAAGGAGGAGGAGAGGAGGUGGCGGAAGGAGAAGAAGCGACAAAGACGUGAAGAGCAUGGACGUAAAAAGGAAAAGCGGCGUGCUGAGAAGACGAACGCUAAGACUCUCAGUGAUGAUUGCUCGGACGAUGGUCGAGCUGUAAGGGAAGAGUGUCGUCCGAGUGAUGGUGCGUAUGAGGCCGAGCAGAGAAGGUUAGAGGUCGAGUUGAGGAAUAAGGCACUGGAAGCAUUCAUUGCAAGGAAAGGGAGAAGGCAUAAUAAACCUUCAGAAUAGUCUUUUCCUUCCACAUAAUAAGAGGUAUUGAUAAAUGAUGAUUUCUUUGAUGUUCAUUUGAAUGCAAACUCAACACAGAUCUUUCUCCUUGCCUUUCUUGAGCUUGUUUUGGAGUUUCUUUAGAAUGGCAGCCUUACCUUGGCUACGUAGAGAAAUCUUAUCGAAUCUUUAACUCAA